GAGAUAAUUCUGAUAUUUUACUUCGCCCUGUUGCAAUCUUUAAGGAUCCUUUCCGUGGUGGUGAUAACAUCUUGGUCCUCGCCGAAUGUUAUAAUAAUGAUGGAACACCAAACCGAACAAAUUAUCGUCAUUCCUGUGUUAAAAUUAUGUCGGCUCAUUCUGAAGCCAAACCUUGGUUUGGUAUUGAACAAGAAUAUACCUUGUUCGAUAUGGACGGUCAAGUGCUUGGAUGGCCAAAAGGUGGUUUCCCAGGUCCUCAAGGUCCUUAUUAUUGUUCCGUUGGUGCUAAUGUAGCUUUUGGACGCGACGUCGUUGAAGCUCAUUACCGUGCUUGCCUUUACUCCGGUGUAAAUAUUUCGGGUGUUAAUGGUGAAGUUAUGCCUGGUCAAUGGGAAUACCAAGUUGGUCCAUGUGAAGGAAUUGAUAUGGGAGAUCAUCUUUGGGUAUCUCGAUAUCUCCUUCAACGUGUAGCAGAAGAUUUCGGUAUAGUUGUUUCCUUCCAUCCCAAACCAAUAAAGGGAGAUUGGAACGGUGCAGGAUGCCACACAAAUUAUUCAACAGAAGCAAUGAGAAUAGAUGGCGGAAUAAAAGCAAUUCAUGAUGCAAUUGAUAGAAUGAGUAAACGUCACGCAGAACACAUCGCCGUAUAUGGCGAGGAUAAUGACAAACGUCUUACCGGUCGUCACGAAACUGGUCAUAUUUCAGAAUUCUCAUAUGGUGUAGCGAAUCGUGGUGCUUCAAUUAGAAUUCCAAGACAUGUUGCCGCUCAAGGUUAUGGUUAUUUCGAAGAUCGUAGACCAGCUUCCAAUAUUGAUCCUUAUCGU